AUGGUUUUAUCUGCCCCAGUUAUAGCCCUGGGGGCUACCUUAGGGACUGCAACUAGCAUCCUUGCCCUCUGCGGUCUCACCUGCUUCUGCAAAUGCAAGCAACCUGGGAAAGGACCCUCAGAAAAGGACCAAGAGGAGAACACGGAAAAUACUAAGCCCAGUGUGCUUCAGCCAGUCCAGCAAUUCAACGUUAAGAAAACUGCAGAGCCAGUCCAGCCUCGAGCACUGCUGAAGUUUCCCAACAUUUAUGGCCCCAAACCAGUAGUAACUUCACCUGAAAUUGUUAACUACACGCAGUACUCCCUGAAGACAACAGAAGAACCAGCUACUGGAAAACAUACUGGUUUGGAUGAGAACAGGAUGAAGAUACAAGUCAACGAAGAGCUGUUUGUUCUCCCUCAAAACGGCGUGGUAAAGGACGUGUGUGUCACGGAGCACCUGAACCCCGAGAGGGCAGCCAGCUGUAACCAGGCCCCUGAGCUGCGCUACUCCCUUGUGUAUGAUCAACAAAAAGCCGAGCUACGUGUGGCCCUUCUGGAAGCUAUGCAUGGCAGAGUGGGUGGGGACCAAGACGCUGGUUGCCAUUGCUACGUACUGGGCACACUGGUGAGCAAGUCUGGUAUCGCUGAGGCCCAGACAGAGCUGAAGAAGAAGGUGCUUCAUACCCUCUGGGAGGAGGUCCUGCGAUUCCCAUUAAUGGAGGAGGAGAUGCCAGAGGGGACACUGACUCUCACCCUGAGAAACUGCGACAAGUUCUCCAGACACAGCAUUGUGGGAGAACUCAAACUGAGCCUUGCUAACAUGGAGGGGUCCUUCGGGACGGCCCAGUGGGAAAGGCUAAAGACUCCAGAGAAGGAGCCGUCUACGGGCCACGGGGAGGUUCUGCUCUCUAUCAGCUACCUGCCAGCAGCUAACCGCCUGCUGGUGGUGAUUAUUAAAGCUAAAAAUCUCCAUUCCAAGCAGCUGAAAGAUCUACUUGGCAACGAUGUUUCUGUCAAGGUGACACUGAGGCAUCAGUCCUUGAAGCUGAAGAAGAAGCAGACCAAACGUGCAAAACACAAGAUCAACCCUGUGUGGAAUGAGAUGAUCAUGUUUGAGGUGCCUCAUGAGCUCCUGCGUGCCUCCAGCGUGGAGCUGGAAAUGCUGAGCCAGGAUGGGGCUGGGCAGAGCCAUGUGCUCGGCAAGUGCAGCCUGGGCUUACACGUCACAGGCACGGAGAGGAACCACUGGGAAGAAAUGCUGAGGAACCCCAGGAGACAGAUAGCCAUGUGGCACCAGCUCCACAUGUAGGCUCCUCAAGAUUACUGCCAACCGGAUUUCCACCGGGCCUCUGAGCCUGGGGGAAUAAGCUGCAUUUCACCUUCCACCUUCCCCUCCACAAAGUUGCUCGGCACAGCAUUUUUCUUACACCACCUUCUCUGAUUUUCCUGCCUCAUCCUAGCCCAGGAAACUGUCUGGAAAAUGUAU